AUGUUUCGCAAAUUCAAGGAGUUCUCAACAGACAUAAAAACGUCCAUUCGGCGCGAGGAAAAGGACGGAAAGCAUCAGGACGAGACAGUGGUUCACCUUACAAUGGUCAAGUUCUUCAGAGAACGAGACAUGCAGACCCCAGAGUGGCUAGAAUCAAAACAAGAUAGGAUACAUGCUCAAAAUAGAUUGUCUUUGGAUAAGUUCCAAUCGGGAAUCAAGGAAGCCAACCACGCAUUGGUGGAACAAGUCGAACAUAUCCCAAGAAUAACGUCGCGUUUUAGUCCACAAAAGUCCGCAGAACCAACUCCUACCCAAACGAGCAAUACGAACGGCAUUCCUCAGGCCCCAUUGCCAAGACGCACAGUGACAGCACCCAACGCGGCUACAAAGGCCGCACAUAAUAUCACGUCCAGAUUCUCGCCCGCACCGAGAAGUCAGUCCACAAGCGCCCAUGGUGCACCCAGACCGACUAAUAGCAGGUUCAACGUGAGGAAGGUGUAA